UUGUACGUCAUGGUCAUCAGCAUCUUCUGCGUGUUUUGCCUCUUUCUUCUUUCUCACUCUGACUUCGCUUAUGCUUCUGGAAAACACAACAUUCAGCCCUUUUCUUACAUAGCUAAACCCACAUACGCUGCGUACUAUACAUCCCCUCUCUAG